AUGGAAUCCCUAGAGAAUCCAACCUUCGAGAUUGGGGACCACGAAGCUUUCAUGGACUUCGCGCUCGUUCAGGCCCAAAAGUCACCGCCAGCUGGCAACAAGUUCUGCGUUGGAGCCGUACUCGCUGACGCCGCUACCGGCAAGGUCCUCUCAACAGGGUAUUCCCUUGAAUACCCGCGUGAUUACAAGGGAGAUCCUGGCACCACGCACGCAGAGCAGUGUUGUUUUAUCAAGAUCGCUGAUCAGCACAACAUUCCGGAAGAACGUAUCCAUGAGGUUCUGCCACCCAGCACAGUCCUUUACACGACCAUGGAACCAUGCGAUGAGAGACUCAGUGGAAACAUGACUUGUGCGACUAGGAUUCUGAGGCUCAAAAGCGCCAUCAAGACUGUUUACGUUGGCAUUAGAGAGCCCGGAACAUUUAUUGCGCAUAAUAACGGACAGGAAAGGCUAAAGGCAAAUGGAGUCGAGAUUGUUUAUCCUGUUCCACAUUGGCAAGAUAAGAUUACCAAGAUCUCGAUGGCUGGGCACUGA